AUGGAAGAAGAUGAGAUGGUCGAGUACUUUCUUCAAGCCGUAGAACCUACUUACUUUGGCCAUUUGAUCUCAGCCAUAGGUAAGUCCUUCAACGAUGUGGUAACGAUGGGAGGAAUGGUGGAAGAGUUACUCAAGUCAAGCAAGAUCAUGAGCUACUCCGCCAUAAAAGCAACCACACAAGCAAUUCAAAGUGGCACCGGAAGCCUGUUAGGCAAAAAGAAGAAAGAUGAUGUCGCUAUGUUUGUCUCUGGAUCAGGGCGUGGCCCAAGGGGUUCGCCUCACCAGUACACCCAACCUCGACCCCAACCUCAAGCCUACACCCAAGCUCCAUAUAAUCCAUCCCAACAUUAUUUCCCACCACAAGACCCUCAAUAUUCAGUCAGACCACCCCAAUACCAUGUUCACCAUGCACAGUCAUAUGCGCAACCCCCUCCUUACCCGCAAUGGCGUGCUCCAACUCCACAAAAUCCUUAUCCACCCCCACAACCAUAUCGAAACCCUACUGGUCCAAACUUUCGAUCAAGGCCGGAUUAUAGAAAAGAGAGGCUGCAGCGGAAAGAAACCUUCACCCCUCUUGGAGAGUCAUAUACCAGUUUGUUUCAAAGGUUGAGGCAGUUGGACGUUUUAAGGCCGAUUGAGCCAAAGACACCAAAUCCACCUCCAAGGAACCUUGAUUAUUCCCUUAGAUAUGCAUAUUGUUCUGAUGCCCCAGGGCACGACAUGAAGAAGUGUUGGCAUUUGAAGAGGAACCCGGAGGCACCAAACAUCAACCAAAAUCCUUUGCCGGCCCAUGCAGAGGCACAUAUGAUUGAGAUAGUUCAUAAGGAUGGGGAGGCCAAGAAUUCUUCCAAGUUUGUCAUGAUGAUCCGGGCUAGCGAAAGUAAUCCAGUUAAAGCUCCAGAUUCUGCAAAAGUAAUGCCCUUGACAGUUGAAGGGGUGUCGGAGAAGCUAAGCACGCUCAACGUGAAGCCAUCUGUAUUGGUUGUGAAAGGGCCUCUGAUUGAUGUUGAAGCGAACCAGGAAAAGCAAAAAGUGAUCGUACCAGGGGUCCCGGGCAAGCCUGACAUAAUCGUGGAAGGGGCUCGUAUUACCCCCGUUAUUAUUAAGACAGUGACCCAAUUGCCAAUGGUUGACACAAAAGUCGUCCCGUGGAAUUACAAACAGGUGAUAGUAACAUAUAAAGGGAAAGAAGUAGAGGAAGAAGUCAAUGAAACCGGAGGACUGACUCGUUCUGGGAGAUGUUUUACCCCAGAAGAACUGAGGAAAGCUAAGCCAUUCAAGGAUGGCCACAUCCCAAUAGAGAAGCCGAUCACGGUAAGCCACUUGGAAAAGAUUGCUAACAAGAUUUUCGAAGCAAAUAGGAUCACUUUCUCAGAUGAUGAACUUCCUAUAGAGGGUACGGAGCACAACCGAGCUCUUUAUCUUACAGUGAAGUGCGAGGAUUCUACUGUCUCAAGGAUCCACAUGAACAAUGUAUGUGUUCGAGGCUUUGAUGGAGGAGGGAAAGAUUCCAUCAGUGAUAUAAUGCUCGAAUUGUCAGUAGGUCCAGUUGAGUUCACUAUGAAGUUCCAAGUGCUAGAUGUGGCUGUCUCCUACAACUUGUUGUUGGGCAGGCCAUGGAUACAUGCUGCCAAGGAAAUAGUUGUGCACAGUGAUGAGAACUUAUCUGCUUACAAUGACACAAUUGUUCCAUUUAUUGAAAUUGAAGAUGAUAAAGGGCCUUGGGUGUACCAAACAAUUGAAACAGUGUAUGUCGAGAAGAUUCUUGAAGGAGAAUGCAUUCCAGGUCCAAAGCUAUCCUUCGCGUCCGCCAUGGUGGCAAAUGAAAUGUUGAAGAAUGGUUUUGUGCCGGGCAAAGGACUGG